GCGGACGACGCUGACAUCUUGCUGCCAGGUUUGAAGCUGGUCGCGCGUGACCACGCCCACGCCUUCCGCCGUGUGCUGAAGCGACCUUUCCAUUGCAGCAGUUACUUGGGCACCCUGAUGGCGGAGCAUGUUUUGGGAAAGAAGUCGAUUGUGCAAGUGAUCGACAGGUCCUUUGUCUUCAGGCAAUGGUUUCAGGAGGACGUUGAGAAGCAUCACGGGACCAUCAGCAACUUGAAAUCAGCGAAACACCGCUUCGAGUCGCACACGACCCCGCUGUGCCGACUGAUUAGCAACCUUCCUGCCAGUAUGUCAGUUGCGCAACGGAUCAUCCAGCAUCGGCAAGACGCCGUAGGCAAACAUGUGAAACAAUGGCUGGAUGAUUUCAGCAGCGAAGCGGUCCUUGCCCUGGCAAUGGUAGCAGACGCUUCAGACGAAUCGCUGCUUCUGAUUCGCCAAGUGGACGACGAAGCGGUGGACAGCUCAGAGCUUGGGAACUACGUGCAGGGCUUCGCGGACCGCAUUCAAGCCCUUUUUGCUCAGCGGCAGGCGCUGACAACAGUUGGAUACACCAAGUUUGCCAUGGACAUGCUGUCCAAAGGCGAACUUGCGUUUUUCUCUUGUGGGCAGGCUCGGCGGCUGCAGCCUUGCGACGGGGACACGGUGGAAAGAUGCCUGGAUCGCAUGGUCGCUUGGUCCCGCUUAGCCUUGGAAGUUCUUCAAACUGAGUUUCCGCACUACUCCGUCUUCAGCGCCUUCGGGGCCCCUGGGUUGGCCAAGUUCUUCAAUGUCAGCCCUGGCGGCUUCCAGGAGCAGCUGCAGCGUUUGAGGCCCUUGGCUGAGAAGCGCUACAGGGAGACCAACACGACGUGCAAGGAUGCGUGGAUGCACACAAUGGCAGCGACGCAGCGGCGGAAGUCAUUGAAGGAGUCCUAUCCAGCAGAUGACCUGGCCAUCGUCGUGCGCCGGUAUCUGGCUUGGCAAGCAUCGUCCAGCGGCGUGGAGCAGAACUUUGCAAAGGGCGAGCGGAACAACGCCACUGGCCAUUCCCAAGCAUCCGCGUCGUACGAUGCAAGGGCCAUGAAGAUAUUGUUGGCGCCACUAAGCCCCCCGGAUUUCAAGGUCAUUGUCACGAACGCGGCGGAACUCUAUGCAACUUGCCGCUCCGGCGCAAGCCGCAAGCGGACGCAGGAGCGGAUUGACAAGAAUGUGAAGCGCGCCAAGCAGGAGGGGACAGAAGCAGCGUUUAUCAGAUCCAGGCGGGACAGUGUUGCAAACGCAACACCCUCUUUGAACAUGGCCGACCUGGCCUUCGACAUGGACGAGCACCCGGCCACAAAUGACAAAGUGUCUGAGUACUGGACUGAGAGUUACGAGGUUGAGUACCAGUUCCAAAAGUCAAAGCAAACACAUUACAAGGUGGACGGCGUCCUGGACGGCCUCAUUGAUCAAAAUGCAGUGGACCAAGAAACUAUGGAGACAGCAGCCAAAGCUGAGCGCGACGCGGACAAGGGGCAUAUCAGAGACAGGCUCUCCAAGGAUGCUUUGCAGAUGCGGCUUAACGGCUCCAUGGAUUGGGAAAAGAUUCAAGGCAGCAAGGCUUGGCUGGACCCCGCCAUCUCUGUUGCAGACUUGCAAGUGGCAAUGAGCGCCCGAAAUUUGGUCAAAACCACGGAGCGAUUGGAGGCAGACAUUUUCAUUGUCAACGACGCUGGCAAUUUGCCGGAGAGGGUGAAAUUGAUGGCUGCCUUGCUUGGUCGGCAGAUCAUGGAUGUCUGCCUCCUGGAAGGCAAGAAAGGGAUCCUUCUGAAGUUUCAGCCUGCCUCGCAGACGCGGCGUCAGAAGGUCUUCUUUUCCACAAAGUUCCGUGAGAGCCACGCCCAAUUCAUUAAGCCGAUCAAGGACAUUGUGAACCGUCCCGGAAGUAAAUGGAAGCUCGCAGCCGUUGGGGCAGACGCAACCAUGAUCUUGGCAACCUCGGCUGAAGUUGGACGAGCUGCUGUUCUCAGUGGAAAUUCGCAGGGUUAUCUCAGCAAGGCGAGCUUUCUGGAAAACAUUUCCAGGCUUGACUUGCGCGCUUCGGGUUUUUACACGCCAUAG